AUGGUCGUUGAAAAUUGUAACAUCACAGAAGUCGGGAAAUACGCAUUCAGUGGCACAAAGAUAAAAGAAUUGAUUAUCCACGACAAUGUGAAAUACGGCGAUGGCGCCUUUUCUAAUUGUGGCUUCUUACAAAAAGUUGAUUUGGGAAAUACCACAGUGAUACCAAAUUACUUCUUCAAAAAUUGCACUGCACUUGCCAAAAUUGUGAAUUUUGAUAAAAUCACUGAAUUUGGAGGAAACUGUUUUGAUAGCGUUUCUAUUGAAGGAGAACUGAAAUUAAAUGGAACGGCGAAGUAUGGAUCUUCUGUAUUUGCCGGAUGUGACAAAAUCACAAAAGUUGUUUUGAACGAAUUCACAGAAGUCUUAUAUGGGAUGUUUACUGGUUGUUACAAUUUGGCCGAAAUAGUUGGACUUGAGAGCGUUACUAAAGUUGGCAGUCUUGCCUUUAAAAACACUUCUCUGACUGAGUUUGAAUAUUUGAAUACCACAACUUAUGGAUUUAAUGUUGUUAUGGCCUGUAGGAAUCUUGUCAAAGUAAUAUUAAACGAUUAUUUAGAGUUGGAAGGGUAUGAAUUCAGUGAUUGUGUCAAACUGACUGAAAUUGUUGGUCUUGAAAAAGUGACUCUAUUUAAUUCGUAUGCUCUUAGUAAUACCGGCCUCACAGAAAUCACGUUCAAUCCCUCUGCCAAAUUUAGUUUAGGAAACACAUUGGAUGGAACCGUCACAUUGAAAAAAGCCAACUUAAAUGGUCUUACAAAACUGAUUAAAGGAAUUUUCCGAAAUUGCACCAAGCUCGAUGAAAUCAUUGGUCUUGAAAACGUCGUUGAUUUUGGAGAAGAAGCGUUGUGGAACACAGCAAUAAAAAGUGUGAAAAUUGGUGCAUCCACUAAAUACGCAAACAGAGUUUUUGGUGGGUGUCAGUUGCUUACAGAAGCCGAUUUUGAAGGUGUUACUUCCAUUCCAGCAAACAUCUUCAAUAAUUCUCAAUAUCUGAAGACACUUAAAAACACUGAAAACAUCACUUCAGUGAGUGAAUUUGCAUUUUCAGGGUGCAAAAGUUUGACCAAAGUGGACUUUUUUGAAAAGCUUGAAAACUUUGGGCAAUAUGCUUUUAGUGGCACUGGAAUCAUCGAAGUGAAUUUAGUCCCAAAGAUCACAUACGGUGAAGGUGCUUUUGCUUUCUGCACAUCACUCAAACGAGUCGAUUUGAAAGGAAAGAAAUACAUCCAACCCACCCUUUUCUCUGGGUGUUCCAGUUUAGAAACAGUACUCAAUUCGGAGUUCGCUGAAAUUAUUGGAGUUGAGACUUUUAAAGGGUGCACUUCUCUGAAAAAAUUUGAGUUCAAUCAAGACGCCGUUUUCAUAUACGAUGGAACGUUUUCUGUUACUGGAUUUGAACAAAUUGAGUUACACAACCAACUUAUUUAUGAGAAAAAUGCGUAUUCUGGAUGCCAGAAAUUGACGACCGUUGAUUUGCAGGACGUUGAAAGAGUCAGUUUUGCGAUGUUUGACCAAUGCCCUAAAUUGUCGUACAUCAAAUAUUCAGACUCCCUGAAAUCAAUUCAAGCAGACGCUUUUGCGAACACCGAAAGUCUCAAGGGAAUCCACUUGGGAAAGGGAAUUGAAGUGAUCAAUAAAAACGCGUUUGGAACAACUUUAAAGGCCAUUUUCUAUCACGGUCAAAACGAUGUUGAAGUCGAGACGAAUGCAGUGAACAAAGAAACUGUAGUCUAUACACAGAAUAAUUACACCAAAGACACUUUUGCAGGGCUGAAAGUGAAAAAAUAG